AUGGUGAGCUUCAACACGAGUCUAAUCUCCGGCAGCUGGCAACAUGAAUGGGUUUUAAUCCACCGCGCACAUCUUCAUGAAGCUUUGAAAGACAAAGCGCAGGCUCCGGGACAGGGAACGCCUAUUGUUCUCCAUACCUCCGCCAAGGUAGCGGACGUGGAUGCUCAGGCUGCAACCAUAACUCUGGAAGACGGACAGCGCUUCGAGGGAGACCUAGUAUUAGGGGCUGACGGUGUUCACUCUGUGACCCGUCGGCAUGUCUCAGGUAAAGAAGUCAACGCAUUUAGCUCGGGUCGCAACGCAUUCCGGUUCAUGAUCCCGCGCAAGGAGGCACUAGAAGAUCCUGAGACAGCUCCUAUGGUUCAAACAAACGGAACCGUUCUUAUGUGGCACAGUGCCGACAGCAAGGUGGUCAUUUAUCCGUGUGUGAACAACGAGAUACUGAACUUUGUCUGCAUUCACCCGGACAAUCUUACCAAUGAAUAUGUCACCCAAGGCUGGAAUUCAGGGGUAGGCAAAGACACGCUCCUAAACGCCUUCAAAGACUUUGAGCCUGGUGUUCUCAAAAUGCUGAACAAGGCAGAUCCUGAAACGCUGAAGAUAUGGCCACUACUGGACAUGGAAACCCUGCCGCAAUGGGUUAAUGGGCGACUGGCGCUGAUGGGCGAUGCUGCUCACCCCUUCCUCCCGUAUCGGGCUUCUGGAGGUGCCAUGGCCAUCGAGGACGGUUUGUCGUUGGCUGUUAUGCUCCCUGGAGAUGUCAGCAGGGAGGAUGUUCCCACACGCCUGGAACUGUACGCAAAGGCUCGCCAGGAGCGAGUGUUACAGAUACAGGAGUACACGCGAGAAUCCGGAAGAAGGCACGUGGGUGGAAAGGAAGACGUUAUAGCUGCUAUCAUCAGUUCCUACAUCUACGAUCAUGAUGAAUGGGAUCACUCAAGUGAGGUAUUGCGCCAGCACCUUUGGUCGCAGAACCAACAGGUUUACUACCGUCAACCUACCGUCUUCGGCCCCAUGCCAGGGCCUCGCCAGGACUUCUGGGGCAGAAGUCGAGCGGCUGCCUCGACCAAGGCAAAGUUUUGCACAGCGUCCAUUCGGUUUAAGACGAGUCGAACCUUGCUUAAAAACCUGCUACCCAGUUCGUCCUACAGCUUUACCGAUGGACUAGACUGGCUCGCCGGUGGGGGAUACAACCACUUCGGCCUGUAUAUUCAUGGCGUCCAAUACAAGAGUGCUGAUGGUCAAAUCACGGAAGGAUCUUACCUUCCGGUCCUGUUUGAAGACCUGGCGGAUCCUAUCCUAUCUGGCCGUGAGGAGCUCGGGUUUCCUAAGGUCUUCAGCAGCAUCGAUGUGAACAGACGCCGUCAUUCGUACCAUGUUACCGCUAGCUGGCGGGGCGGAGUAUGGGGCCAGCUGAACCUGACAGGGCUGGAGGAGAAGUCAGAGGAGGAGACGCAAACCAAUGGAUCGACUAAGACACCACCAAACCUUCUGCUGCACCGGUACAUGCCCAGCGUGGGUAAGGACCGUAAAGGCACGCCCGAGGCGGAGUAUCCUGUUGUGGUCGAUUCUGCUGAAGACUUGACAGUCGUGCCGUCAAGGAUCACACGUGAGCUGCGUGCUACAGACGCUAGACUAGAGAUUGAUGGACUGGACUGGAAUCAGCUCCCUACUCUGCAUCACAUCGUCUCUCGUCUGGCUGAAGUGCCGGUGUAUCAGGUUAUAGAGGCUAAGGUUGUUGAAGGCGAGGGAGUAGCAGAUGUGUCAUCUGCUAGGAGGAUUGAGCCGUGA